AUGGACCGCAAUCCCACUACCGGCUACACUCCUGCACAAGUGCCCGGACAAGCUCAGAUGAGGAGGAACGACCAAGUUGACCAGCCGAACCAGGACUACGCCACCAACUUCCUUCAAGAGACUGGAUCACAUUUGAAGGACGUGGCCCAAGGAGCAGCAGACGCUGGGAAAGGAGCAGUGCUGGGUGCCGCGAGCAUGGCCAGGGGAGCAGCGGCGGGAGCAGCUAAUAUAGCGCACGGGGCAGCUGAUGCGGUGAAGCAUACGUUGGGGCUGGAUGCCACCGGCAACGCCGACAACACUUGUAAUUGGCCAAGUUCUAAUCAUCCGGCAGCAGCAGGAAACAGUACAACUGACUGGCCAUCUCACGGUGCUGCUGACUCCAAUCUUCUUGGGAAUACAAACCGCCCAACCAGCAAUCUUGCAGACACUACAAACUAUCCCGCUAACCUCAUGGACGAUAGCACAAACUUGCCCGGCUCCCUCCACAACAACCCCAACGCCAGGAAGAAUAUUUGAACCAUUUUCCUACGUACCUUCCUUGCCUAGCUAGCACCAGUUACCGACCCUUUUUUCUUUUUUUCAUUUUAUUUUUACAUUCAUAAUUCAGUACUGGUGGUUGUGUAGGCAUAUGGAGAGCAGAACUGUUAUUGCGAGGCUUGAUGUCCUUUCUCUUUCGAAAAUAAAAUCAGAUUGUUCUUUUGCGUUCAUAAUUAAUUUCUUGUUCAGGAUUGGUUGUAAGCUU